AUGAGCUCAGACUUGGGAGUAUUUGUCACAGCACCUAUAAGCUCAAACGUAGCUGCGUUUACCACAACGCCAUUCUCGUUUAAAACCCUCUUUGGCAUAUUAGCUUCUUCACCUUCAUCGUCAUCAAGUGCAACCUCGGUUUUGGAAGCAACAGCCACGCCAUCGCCGUCUUCACAAUGCUAUUUCCCCAACGGCCAGUCCAUUGUGAACUUCGACUAUACUUACCAGCCGUGCGGAGGCAGAAACACAACAUGGCAGCAAUGCUGCGAUCCUGAAACGGACAUUUGCAAUGAGAAUGGUCUGUGUACGCAUCUCGCGGACAAAUCUUCUGUUGCUUUUAAUUAUAGAGCUGGAUGUGCGAAUGCGGACUGGUCAGGAUGUCCGCAAGUUUGCCUUGACGUUUUAUCAAGUUCCUGGGUUCAAGUUCAGCAUUGUGCUACGGGAGAAUACUGUUGUAACCAACGUCUUUCUGAUUCCCCUACAAGUGGUAAUUGUUGUGACGACAUAGACGGUCGGCAGUUUGAUCUCUCCAACCAUAACCCCAACGCGGAGAAUACCACGGGAGCAGCGGGAGGUAGUGAUGAAGGAAAGAAGAAUGGGACGGAUGUUUCUACUGGUGGUAGUAGUAAAAAUACUACAGUCAGAAUCGGAGCAGCUGCUGGAGGUGCAUUGGGUGGCCUUGCAGUAAUUGGUGGUGCUGUCGGUGUAUGGCUGUAUUUGAGAAAGAAGAGGGCUAAGCAAGAGAGGGAGAUGAUUUCUCAGGAGGAGGCAGAUGUUGAAGGCCCUAACGCAAUGGAGCCGCUAGAGAUGAAGCAAGUCUUGGAGGUGGGAACUGAUCUGAUGGCUGGACAGAAGUGUACUCCUGGAUCUGAUGUAAAAGUUCAUUCUGCCGUGAUGGAGAUGGAUUCAACGGCGGUCUAUGAAUUGGGAGGUUAG